AUGGCGAGAGUCUCGCUUAUUUACACCUUUGUCCUCUUCGUAGUCUUCACCUACCGAAUAACAGCUGACGAGGAGCCAGAUGGGAAUGACAGACAAGAGUUAAAGUCCUACCACGAUCCCGAAUCGGAGGAGGACGACAUCCGUUUGAAUUCCAAAAUUGUUGAGGCCCCUUCCUCAACCACUACUGGUGAUGUGCCAGAAGAAGAGAAGCAACCAGGAGAGCUUCUGCCAGGAGAAACAAAAGAAGACCUGCCAGAACAACAUGUUAAAGUGGAGAAACCUAAAGAAGUUCCCAUUGUUAACGGCGGCACAGCCGACGGUGAGCCGUGUGUCUUUCCUUUCCUCUUCCAAAGCAAAGAGUACUCCGACUGCACCACCAACGGUCGAGGGGACGGACGACUGUGGUGCUCAACAACGUACAACUACGACAGUGACAAAAAAUGGGGUUUCUGUGAGACCGAAGAGCAGGCGCAGCUGAGAAUGCAAGCGGAGGAGGCAGAAGAUGAGUACCAGAACUUCCUGCAAAUGCUUAACAGCACUACUAGGAAGAGUCAGAGGAAAGCGCUAUACGAGAAGUUGCUAAAGGUAGCCGAGGGAGGCCACCAGCGUGCCAUGGAGAAGGUGGCAUACGCAAUGUUGUUCGGAGACUACUUGAGUCAAAAUAUCAGCAGGGCCAGGGACAUGUUUGAGAAGCUGGCCGUGGAGGGCUCACCAAAAGCACAGACGGCUCUUGGAUUUCUGUACGCUGCGGGGCUUGGAGUUAACUCAAGUCAAGCUAAGGCUUUGGUCUACUACACUUUUGGUGCCCUAGGAGGCAACUUGAUCGCUCGCAUGAUUUUGGGCUACAGAUACUGGGGAGGCGUGGGCGUCCCCCAGAGCUGCGAAUCUGCGUUGACCCACUACAAACUAGUAGCCAGUCAGGUGGCCAGUGACGUCUCCCUGACGGGCGGCUCGGCCGUGCAGAAGAUCCGACUGCUGGACGAGCUGGAGAACCCGGGCUCUACUAGCGGCAUGCUGGAGGAGGACCUUAUUCAGUACUACCAGUUUCUUGCCGAGAAGGGAGACGUUCAAGCGCAGGUGGGGCUGGGUCAGCUGCACCUGCAUGGAGGGCGUGGCGUUGAACAGAAUCACCAGAGGGCGUAUGACUAUUUCAACCAGGCUGCCAAUGCAGGGAAUACACACGCUAUGGCUUUUCUUGGCAAAAUGUACAGUGAAGGCAGCGACUUCCUUCCUCAGAACAACGAGACAGCCUUGGAAUACUUCAAGAAAGCCUCGGACCUAGGAAAUCCAGUAGGCCAGAGUGGCCUGGGAAUGGCCUACCUAUAUGGACGGGGCGUCCCUGUGAACUACGAGCUGGCGUUGAAAUACUUCCAGAGAGCAGCUGAACAGGGUUGGGUUGACGGGCAGUUGCAGCUAGGCACUAUGUACUACAACGGAAUGGGAGUGAAACGCGACUACAAACAAGCGCUCAAGUUCUUCAACCUGGCCUCGCAGGCAGGUCACAUCCUGGCCUUCUACAACCUGGCGCAGAUGCACGCCACCGGCACCGGCGUCAUGCGCUCGUGUCAUACGGCAGUGGAGUUGUUCAAGAACAUGUGCGAGCGUGGUCGCUGGUCCGAACGUCUGCUGACCGCAUAUGGCAGCUUCAAAGAAGGCGACAGCGAUGCAGCAUUAGUGCAAUACCUGCUUUUGUCCGAGCAGGGCUACGAGGUGGCUCAAAGCAACGUGGCCUUCAUUUUAGACCAAAAGGGCGCAAAAAUCUUUAACGAGAACGAGACAUAUCCUCGAGCUUUGCUCCACUGGACCAGAGCGGCCGCUCAAGGUUACACAGUAGCCAGGAUCAAACUGGGCGACUACCACUUCUACGGUUUCGGCACCGACGUGGACUAUGAGACUGCAAUCAUCCACUACAGGCUGGCUUCAGAGCAGCAGAAUAGUGCUCAGGCUAUGUUCAACUUGGGUUAUAUGCAUGAGAAGGGAUUGGGCAUAAAACAGGACAUUCACCUAGCCAAGCGCUUCUACGACAUGGCGGCAGAAGCCAGUCCUGACGCCCAGGUGCCGGUUUUCCUCGCUCUAUGCAAGUUGGGUCUGGUCUACGCACUACAGUACAUGCAGGAACUCAAUCUAAGGGACUUGAUCUCUCAAGUGGAUUUGGACCAACUUCUCGGCCCCGAGUGGGACCUCUACCUCAUGACUGUCAUCGCGUUGCUGCUGGGCACCAUCGUCGCAUACCGCCAGCGUCAACGCCAGCACCAGAUCAUGAUGCCCCCUCGGCGUCCCGCGCCUCCGCCGCCCGCCGAAGCCGCCCCCGCCCCUGCCGACCCACCUCAGGACCCUCCACAAGCCCCGGCAGAGGAAGAGGAGAGGCAAUGA